AGGGAUGGUAUGGGAAGCUCCAUCACAAGCUUGGGACGGAACGCGAACCUCAGUUCGAUCCGUUCCGCGCGCGCCAUUCACCCCCCUCUGAGAAGAAAGAAACACCCUCGCUAGUUCUCCGGACAUUGUGAUGUCGCCCUCCACCGCAAAAGCAGAAAUGGCUCCUCGCCAUCGCAAAUCGUCACAGUCGAAGCCUGGCACUGGCACCGGCACCACCACGGUCACGCUCGAAGUCGAAGAAUCCUCCUCGUCCGAAGACGCCACCGCCCACCGAACCACACACAAACGUCAAAAAAAGCGGUCGUCGUGGCUGAUCUUCACCAUAGGUGGCCUGGCCGGGUUGCUGCUCGCUGGGGCGGCGGCAAAGAAUCAGGACAUAGGACUACAGUUGCUGAGGGACAUGAGUCUCGACUCCAUUAUUGAUGUUAUUCCAGUCGGCAUCUUGAAAGAGGCGAGCGAUAUCUCUCAGAGGGAGAAGGCUGCAGUUAAUUAUGAAGCCUUUAGCACUGGGCUUUCGCUAAAGGCGCAAGGACUGGAGGUUAAGUAUCCAGUUGUUAUGAUUCCGGGGGUUAUUUCUACAGGUCUCGAAAGUUGGGGCACUGAAGAGCAAAGCCGGCCGUACUUCAGAAAGCGGUUAUGGGGUUCGUGGGUAAUGCUUCGGGCGUUGAUCACAGAUCGUACCAGCUGGAAGCAACAUAUCAUGUUGGAUAAAGUAACGGGACUCGAUCCGCCGGGGAUUAAACUGAGGGCUGCCAUGGGGUUCGAUGCCACGGACUUCUUCGUUACUGGAUACUGGAUCUGGAGUAAAAUCCUCGAGAACCUGGCGUCGAUUGGAUAUGAUCCUACCUCGGCAUACACCGCCUCCUACGAUUGGCGGCUGUCGUACUCUAAUCUGGAGGUUCGGGAUAGAUACUUCUCAAAGCUUAAAGUGCAUAUAGAAACGGCCAGACGAUUGUCAGAUAAGAAGGUUGCUAUCGUUGCGCACAGCAUGGGCUCACAAGUGGUACAUUACUUCUUCAAGUGGGUAGAGGCAGAAGGCUUUGGGAAUGGAGGUCCGAAUUGGGUGGAGGACAACGUGGACUCUUUCAUCAAUCUCAGCGGUAGCAUGCUCGGUGCAAUCAAAGGCGUUCCCGCGGUCCUCUCUGGCGAAAUGCGAGACACCGUUCAACUAAACCCCGUAGCCGUCUACGGCCUCGAAAAAUUCUUCGGCAAAGAAGACCGAGCGGAGAUCAUGCGGGCCAUGCCGGGAAUCUCCAGCAUGUUACCGAAGGGCGGCGAGGCGAUUUGGGGAAACCUCACUUGGGCGCCUGACGACGAGCCAGGAAUGGGGGAUACAUUCGGAUCAACGCUCAAGUACGCGCUGAAGAAUGGAACUACCGUGGCGAACAACAUGACGGUUUCCGAUAGUCUAAAGUACUUGCUAGAUACCAGCGAUGACUGGUACAGAAACCAGAUCUCGCAGAAUUAUAGUCACGGCGUGGCUUUGACCAGGAAGGAGAUUGAGGAAAACGAACACAACCCAGCCAAAUGGAUCAACCCACUCGAGUCGCGCCUCCCGCUCGCGCCCAACCUAAAAAUUUACUGUUUCUACGGCGUCGGCAAGCCCACCGAGCGGAGCUACUACAUCCGUCCGGUCGACGACGCGACCUCGAAGCUGCGCGUCGUCAUCGACAGCGCCAUCACGGGCUUCGGCAGCGACCACGGCGUGAUCCUGGGCGAGGGCGACGGCACAGUGCCGAUCCUGAGCUCGGGGUACAUGUGCACCAAGGGCUGGAAGAUCUCGCGGUACAAUCCCGCCGGCGUACAGAUAAAGACCGUUGAGCUCGCCCACGAGCCUGGCAGGUUCGAUAUCAGAGGCGGUCCGACCACCGCCGAUCAUGUCGAUAUCCUCGGAAGGCCCGAUUUGAACGAGCUUAUACUACGAGUCGUCGCCGGGAAGGGCGAGGACAUAGAGGAGGUCGUGCAUAGCGAUAUUAGAGCGAUCAGUGAGAGGGUGCCGAUAUAUGAGGAUUAGUACUAUAGAUGGCGUGGUGAGGGGGGG